GUCUGCCUGUCAUUCCAGCGCCAAGCAUUAUGUCUGGUGCUGUGGACAGCACUUUCACUGCCUGCCUCCUUUCCAUAUUCAUAUCUGUGGGGGUGACCCUGGAGUGUCAAAUUUGUGAAACAACUGGGAGGAAUUGCCACGGGCCUAAGCAAACUUGCCCUCCUGAUUAUGAUCGGUGUGGUAUCAUUCUGUUGGACAGGUCAUUUGGAAUAAACAAGCAGACCACCGUGAAGAAGUGCGCCCAGCAUAGAGACUGUGACAAAGGCCUUGCUGUUUUCAACAUGGGCAAGGGACGAACAGUACUGGGCAAUCUUUCCUGUUGUGUGGGAGAGUGCAAGAGCACCAGCCCCUUGCCCUCCCGAAAAACCACACUCAGUGGAUACAAAUGCCCAGCCAGCUAUUCUCUGCAGAAUGUGAACAGAGAAGAAACUGUCGAAUGUGCUGUAGGCGAGCUCUAUUGUGCUGAAUUGUUUCAGACUCCAAAUACAGAUUGUUGGAUUCAAGAUUUUCAGGCCACCUCUGAUCCCAGGAGAACUCUAAGAAUCAUGGAGACCCCACUGGCUAUCUGCCUUCUUUCCAUCUUCAUUGUUACAGGGGCAUCUCUGGAGUGUGAGGUGUGUGAGAAAUUUGAGCACACUUGCAAUGGAACUUUUCAAACAUGCUCUUCUGGUUAUGACAGAUGUGGCAUUGUUCUAUCAGAGAACACUCUGGGAAUAAAAGUGAAGGCCAUUAUAAAGAGCUGUCUGCCACACAGUGCCUGCAGUAAUGACUAUACUGUUAUCAAUAUGGGCCAGGCCGGAAGAGUAGUGAGCCAAGCUUUUUGCUGCACAGGAGACGAGUGCCGGACAAUGACUCCCACCCUGAAGCCGAGAAGCAACAUACCAAAUGGUAAGUUCUGCCCAGCCUGUUAUGCUGUGCACCAUGCUAAGUGUGAGCAAGAGGAAACGAUUGAAUGUACUGGAGAUGAGGAUUAUUGCUUUGAUGGCUCUGGAACAACACAAGCAGGAGAAGUAGUGUUUGAGAUCCAAAUGAAGGGCUGUAUAAACAAAGCUGCCUGUUACGAAGCGCAAGACUAUUCUACCUCCUUUUCUGGGAUGAAUGUAGUUGCAUCCAGAAAAUGCAUGCCGGCCUCCAGAAAGUCGAUGCGCCACAGUGGAUGCUCCAGGAUCACUCCAGCAUCAUUUGGACUCUUCCUUUUACCCCUUGCUGGGCUCCUGCUUGUGAAAUACCUUCCAUAACUUCUUCCCCAGGACAGAGAUCCAGAUGAGAACGGAACUUUAAGCUCUGAAGUACUUACAACGCUCCCAUAAGCUUUCUCCAGAAUUAUAUAGCAUUCCUCAGUACUUGCCUUACUACUUGCCCCAUAAGCUACAUGCAAUGCUGGGGGGGUAACUAACUUUCUAUGAUCACUCUCCUUUUAGACCUAUCUGAUAUUGCAUCAUCUUCCAGUAAUUCUCUCACCUGUACUCACCAUGUGGAAAAACCAACUUCCCCAGUAAGCUCAGAGGCACGUUACCAAAUUCUUCCAAGCUACACAGGAAGUGGAUUGGACUGUGAAAGACCAACCUAAAUUGUGUUUGCAUUUUGACAAAUUUGUAGGGCAGUACAAUAUCGCAGAGAGGAGGUCAGGUCUCCUGCUCCCCUGGUGCAUUCACUAGAGCUGCCCAAUUUCCCUGCUUUUUAAAGUUUGAUAAAAAUAUCUGUUGGCUACAGGUACGUUCUUAAACUGCAAGGCCUUUUGCCUAUUAGUGAGUUUCCCUGCGUUUUAGUCUGGGCGGUAAGAAAUGGGAUCCUGUGCAAGUUUGCUAAGAAUGAUCUGACUGUUUUGUGUAUCGCCAUGGAAAUUUAGAGGGUUGUUAAGCAAGCAUUUUUAAGUUCACGACUAUUAAGUUUUGUAAGGUUUUGUUUUGAAAUAAGCUUAUGGGAAGCAUCAGAAUGGCAUGCGGGGGUAUUUUCAAUUUAACACUGUGGAAUGUGAAAAAUCCAUGUCAGCUAUAGUAUACAGCCACUCUUGUGGCUGUAUAAUAUCACUAACACAAAAACUAAAAUACAACAGUAAAUACAAA